UAUCGAAUGACGUUCGAAUUCUACCGUAACAACGCCUGAUGACCAAACGGCAAAACUACAAACGUCGUUAUAAAUUUUUGACGAUGCCAUAAAAGCGGCGUGGAGGCUGUGUGAUUGCCCGGGAAUUACGUCCAUAUGAAGUUUAAACGUGUCGGCGUUGCCAUGGGAUGUGCGCCAAGCUUUGCUAUAGUUAUCGACCCCGUCAGAUUUGAGAGAGAAAGCCUGUACAACGCUGCAGGUGCGUGCGCUGCACCCGACAGGAGGAAAAGUGUUCAGACGAGUUCAGAGAAAGUCUGCACGUCUCACUGCUCCGAUCUCCUGGCAGACAGACUAGCGAUCAAGGAAGCCCGGAUGCUAUUUGAGACAGAUACGAAUUAUGACGAGCUUAUCGAACAGUACCCAAAGUGGACUGUGGACGAUAUCAACGCCUUCAGGAUGCAGUUUAAAUCGUUCGAUCUCAACCAGGAUGGACUCAUUGACUACAGAGAACUGUGCCAGGUGCUUGACGAGAUGGGUGAUGAGUCAAAAGAAGAGGUCAGACAAGAGUAUUUCAAAAAGGUUGACGUGGACGGGUCGGGUGCGGUCGACUUUGAGGAAUUUCUAGUGUUGAUUGACCAGGUCACAAAUUCUACGGACUCUGGAGGCCUGGGUAUGAUGUGCUCCAGAGGAACGGAAAGCGUCCGCAAACUGCGCAGACUCACGUUUGAGCAGCAGCUCAGCUACGGGCUUUUCUGACACAAGAAACUAAUAUUUAAGUUAACUGACCUUAUUGAGUGUCUGGUCGCUGAUUGCGACAGGGACCUACAGUGGGUGGUGAUUCUAAUUUACCGUUUAUUUCGAUGUGGCGGUUUUCUAUACGGCACAUCUUUAUUAGUCUAUUGUCUUUAAAUAAAAUAUGAUUGUCUAUAUGUAUGCAUGUAUGUACGAAAUCGAACGUCGUAUCAUGUAACAUGGCUUAAACCAUGACGACAAAUUGUUCCUACCCACUGUUGACAGUUUUGUGUGAGCCUCUUGUGCGUGUAUGGCUCUUCUUGACAAAACCGCCCUUUGAUUUUGAUGCGAGAGUGAAAUGUUUCACUCAGAGAGUCGGUUCUGCUACUUAAAAAAUGAAUAAAAUAUUUUGUUGUCAAAAGGAA